UCCUAGUGGCAAGAGCAAAGCUUAUGACCAUCAGGAAGGAGUGGGUCCUGCUUUGUGUUGAAGCUGGGUUAUGUGAAAGCUGCCUCUGUUGGAUACCAGAUCCCUGUUCCUUCCCAGUGAUACCCAUGAGCCGCCAGCAGAGGCUGCUGGAGUUCUGCAUGGGGAGGGCUGCUGAGGCUUACCCUGCCCGUCUGUCCUUUCCCACCAUAGCAACUUGUCUCUGAGGGAAAUCCUGGUCUUGGUUUAAAAUGACUCAGAGGGCUCAUAGGAGACUCACGUCCCUCUGAAAUAAAGUAUCAUCACCUCCCUCCUGGCAAGUAGACUUCAAAUUUCCAGGGAGACUCUCAUUGUCUGCAGAGGUUUAAGGUUCCAACAAGGGAGAGGCAUCUACUCUGCUCUAUCCCAGAGCUUAGAGCCAGUGGCUAGCAGCUCUGCCUGUGGGGUUACUAAGUACUUCCUUAGUAACCUUUUACUUAGUCAAAAGCAGGCCUUGAACUCAGGACAACCCUCUUGAGUGUUGGUAUUGUAAGUGACUGUCCCACUGUGCUGUUAUAGGCAAGAAACGCAGAAUAAGUAGCUCCUUUAAGGCUAUACAACUUAGACAGGAUUGCUGUACAAAUCUGAACACAAAGCUCAGAAACUCACCAAGUCUUUUCUCUGAUGAUAGGAGUAAGGCCUGCCCCUCCCAAGUCAGGCACUCACUGCAUUAGAUCCCACAUAGAGCUGAAUUGGGCAGUGGAUCCAGGAACUAUUAGUUGGGCUGUAAUUCUGCCAAGAGGUGUUCCGUUUUGUUUUGUUAGUACUUAUGUGCAACACAGAGAAAGGGUUGUGCAUCAGAAAUUGCCUUCUCAGAACUGUUGACGGUUACAAGGUAGCUUAGUGUGGUUACUCCAUCCCUGCUCGUGUGGUCUAAGUGAUGGAGGAGCCAAACCACGGCACAGAAAAUUGGAACAGAAUUACAUAAAGUAGGAUGAGAAAUUUCCUGACCAGCCUCCAGGGUGGAGCUUAGUCCAUUCCCCUCCAUCCUGAAUAUAAGGCUGCCUUGAUGUCAAAACAGAAAAGUGCUGCUGUUAGGUUGAUGCAGCUCAGCGUCAACCAUGAAUCUCAAGGUUCUGCUGGUGUCUCUGGUGCUGUCUCUUGUCACUGUCUUUGCUCUGGCCUAUGUUUUGCUGACCAGGCAAGGCAGUUCCGGCCAGCCUCCUCGAUGUCCCUCCAUACCUCCCAGAAUUCAUCCCUGGACACACCCUGGCCAGAGCCAGCUAUUUGCAGACCUGAACCCCGAGGAGCUGACAGCUGUGAUGAGCUUUUUGACCAAGCACCUGGGGCCAGGGCUGGUGGAUGCAGCCAAGGCUCGGCCCUCGGACAACUGUGUCUUCUCGGUGGAGCUGCAACUGCCUGCCAAGGCCGCAGCCCUGGCCCACCUGGACAGAGGGGGCCCCCCACCUGCCCGGGAGGCCCUGGCCAUCAUCUUCUUUGGUGCACAACCACAGCCCAACGUGAGUGAGCUGGUAGUGGGGCCCCUGCCUCACCCCUCCUACAUGCGGGAUGUGACAGUGGAGCGCCGUGGUGGCCCCCUGCCCUACUACCGGCGCCCCAUCCUGGGAACUGAGUUUCUUCAGAUAUGGAGGCAUUUGAAAGAGGUAGAGCUGACGAAGGCACCCACCUUUCUGGCUUCUGUCUUGAACUACAAUGGCUCCACCUUGGCACCUCUGCAUGCUACUGCUAGUGGCUUUCGUUCAGGGGACCGGUCUACCUGGAUAGCCCUCUACCAUAACAUCUCAGGUCUUGGAAUGUUCCUUCACCCAGUGGGGCUGGAGCUACUGCUGGACCACAGAGCCCUGGACCCAGCCCACUGGGUGGUCCAGCAGGUCUUCUACCUUGGGCACUACUAUGCAGACUUGGCCCAGUUAGAAAGGGAGUUUAAAGCUGGCCACCUAGAAGUGAUUCAGGUUCCUCUACCCACUCCAAAUGGGGCUUCCUCUCUGAGAUCUCGAGUCACUCCAGACCCUCUUCCCCCUCUUCAGCUCUCCCCCCAGGCUCCCCAGUACAGUGUACAGGGAAACUCAGUGGUAUCUCCCCUCUGGACAUUUACCUUUGGUCAUGGGGUGUUCAGUGGCUUAAGAAUUUUUGAUGUUAGGUUCAAGGGUGAGCGUGUGGCUUAUGAGGUUAGUGUCCAGGAGUGCCUGACAGUUUACGGUGCCGAUUCCCCCAAGACAAUGAUGAUCCGGUACUUGGACAGCAGCUAUGGCCUUGGCAAAAACAGCCGAGCCUUGGUCCGGGGGGUGGACUGCCCCUACCAAGCCACAGUAGUGGACAUCCACGUACUCGUAGGCACAGGUUCAAUCCAGCUACUCCCAGGGGCCGUGUGUGUAUUCGAGGAGGCCCAGGGACUACCCCUUCGAAGGCACCACAAUUCCAUUGGGGGUCACUUUUACGGUGGUUUGGCCAGCUCGAGCCUCGUGGUCAGGUCGGUGUCAUCAGUGGGCAACUACGAUUACAUUUGGGACGUUGUGCUGCACCCAAAUGGGGCGCUCGAAGGGCGUGUCCACGCCACCGGCUAUAUCAACACAGCCUUCCUGAGUGGAGGGGCCGAGAGCCUCCUCUUUGGGAACCGAGUCGGGGAAAGAGUGCUGGGAGCAGUGCACACACACGCUUUCCACUUCAAACUGGACCUGGAUGUGGCAGGUUUGGAAAACUGGGUGGUAGCUGAAGAUGUGGUGUUUAAGCCCGUAGCGGCCCCAUGGAACCCAGAGCUUCAGAUACAGCGCCCACAGCUGACCAGGCAGGUCCUGAGCAGGGAGAACCUGGCUGCAUUUCCCUGGGGGAGCCCCCUUCCCCGAUACCUUUACCUGGCUACCAACCAGACCAACGCCUGGGGUCACCAGCGCGGGUACCGAAUCCAGAUCCGCAGCCCUCUUGGUGUACAUGUACCCUUGGAGAGCGACAUGGAGAGGGCUCUCAGCUGGGGGAGAUACCAGCUGGUGGUGACGCAGAGGAAGGAGGAGGAACCCUACAGCAGCAGCAUCUAUUACCAGAAUGACAUGCGGACCCCGACCGUGGCCUUUGCUGACUUCAUCAACAACGAAACCCUCCUAGGAGAGGAUCUGGUGGCUUGGGUGACGGCCAGUUUCCUGCACAUCCCCCACGCUGAGGACAUCCCCAACACAGUGACUGUGGGGAACGGAGUGGGCUUCUUGCUCCAGCCCUACAAUUUCUUCGAUGAAGAUCCCUCCAUUUUCUCUCCUGGCAGCAUCUACUUUGAGAGGGACCAGGAUGCUGGGCUCUGCAGUGUCAACCCCGUGGCCUGCACCCCGCAUCUGGCAGCCUGUGUCCCCAACUUGCCCUCCUUUUCCUAUGAAGGCUUAUAGGCUAAGGAU